CAUGCGCACCGCGAGCCGGCGCCAUGUUGGAUCAGUUUGAAAGCCCGCGCGGGCGUCGCGCUCCGCUGUGACGGCAGAGGAUGCUGCGAGCGAGCGAGCGGAGCCUGAGGCGCGGCGGGGUCCGACCGGGAUGCUUUGUUGCGUCUCCCGCCGGGCUACAGGCCUGGGUUCUCGGCGGGCAGUUGUAAAUGGUUCUAAGAGAAAUGAACAGAAAUAACCCAUUUUGAGGAAGGCAUGGCAAAACCAAAUACAAAACACAGAGUUUGUUCUCGGGAAUCUUCAGUAUCUUCUCUGUUAGCAAGCUGCAGCCUCAGUGGUAGUAAGUCCUCUACCGCUGAUGGCUCUGUUCAGUAUAAGGAUAAACUGUACAGUUCUGCAUCUCAGGCUCUACAGGCCUAUAUUGAUGAUUUUGAUCUAAGCCAGAUGUAUCCUGGUGUAAGCACUGGAAAGAUUAACAUUGGUAAAUGUCCUGCUAAUAUGCCAGAAUUCUCCAACUAUAUUUAUAAACCAAACCAUGCUUUUGAAAAAUUUCAUCACAAAAAAAGCUCCUUGUCCUCAUCUUCUAGAAGACGGACUAUCAAUGACAUAGACUCCAUUAGCCUAACAACUGAUGAUCUGUUAAAACUUCCAGCAGAUGGAUCAUUUCCUUGUACUUGUGUUGGACCAGGUCAUCAAAUUACCAAGAAAACCAAGAAAUGCAUUGGAAGACUGAGUUUAUCAGACACUGAAAAGAAUCACAAUUUUCAAGAACCCUGCAUUGCCAGAAGCAAGGAUAACUUAGUUACUCCUGUGGUAUACACAAAUAUAAAUGGAAAGCAGUGUCAUAAGCUAAAAAACCUAAAACUUGUGAAUAAGACGAGUAAAUGCAUUUCUGAACCAUCUUUUUUUAAGAAAUCAUCUUUCAAGGACAGUUCAGAACGCGAUCUUGAAAAGAAUUACCCAAGAUGGCUCACUGGCCAUAAAUCUGACCUUAAUGUUUCAGGGAUAACUAGUCUACCUGAUUUCAAAUAUCCAGUCUGGCUCCACAACCAAGACUUGCUACCUGACACAAAUAGUCAAAGUAUUUAUAAAAUAUUUAAAGACGAGCAUUGUUCUCCAAGACAUAGUUAUCAGGCACAAAGAACUUCUCGACCUAUGAAUAAAUUAGAUUGUUUCGAAUAUUCUUUUGAACCCUCAAAUAGUUCAGAUUUCUUGAGUGGUGAUAAAAGAUUUGUUAAUGAGUAUAAAUGUGAUUCUGAGCAUAGCCAAUGUCAUUGUGAGAAUCCACUUCUUCCAGGACAAUCCAAAAAGCCAUUCAAUGGUGACAAAAUUGAAUUACUUAUCCUGAAGGCCAAGAGAAAUCUAGAGCAUUGUACUGAAUUACCAAAGUCGAUGAAACAGGAUGAUAGUCCUUGUUCAUUAGAUAAACUGGAAGCAGAAAGAUCGUGGGAAAAUGUUCCUGUUGCUUUUAAAUCUCCUGUUCCUAUUAACUCUGAUGACAGUCCUCAACAAGCUCCAAGGACAAAGUAUGCUAAAAGUUUCCUUGAAGACUUUUUAAAUGAUGAUGAUCAGAGCUGUACCCUGUCUGGAGGAAAACAUCAUGGUCCUGUUGAAGCCCUGAAACAAAUGUUAUUUAAUCUUCAAGCCGUACAAGAAAGUUUUAAUCAGAAUAAAACUGUGGAGCCAAAAGGAGAGAUUAAACAAGUUUCAGAAGAUGAUUUCUCUGAAUUACAACUGAAGGAAGGUAUGGUUCCCAUUACUAGGUCACUUCAAAAGGCUUUGCACCAUUUAUCUCGCCUGAGGGACCUGGUUGAUGAUACCAGUGGGAAACAGUCACCGAAAAUGUGAAGAGGAAAAUAAAAGUUUAACCAAUAAAUAGUCACCACAAAAACAAAAAUGUAUUUUUUUUCCUAUUGCUUAAGCUGGCAGAAUAAUGAUAAGCCAUCCACUAUUCUGAUUGGUUCAAUUAUUGUAUAUUUAAAAAACAAACUUGAAAGUGUCUGUAGGUUUUGUGACCUAUCCUCAUUUUAUGCCAAAAUACCAGAAUGUGAACUGGAAGGACCUACACUAUUCUAUAGUCUGACUUUGGUCUUCAGGCCAGCAAAUGUCUAAUAUUCAAAGAUGGAUGGAUGAUUUCCGUUCUUGAAGCUCAUGUGGACUUAACCUUCUUCAGCAUCCUCGCCAUUUUAUCGUCUAGUUGUGGAUUAAGAAAUUUUUCCUGGUUUCUAUUUAAAAUCUCUUAAGUGGAGUAGACUUUUUGUUACAGUUAACAUCCACUUUUAAGGAACUUAAAGGAAUAUCAAAAUUCUUGUGUAUCUUAUCCAUAUGGAAGUAUGUUACUUUUAAAUUUUGUAAAUCAAAUAUUUUAAGAUAUGUUGUAUUUGUAAAUAACAUUAAUAAUGGGGUGGUUCAGUGUUAAAAGGAAUAUUGUUCUAUGUUGUGUAAUCCAAGAGAACUUUAAUUAAUGCUUUGAUUUGAUUCUCUAAAAGAUAGUCUUUUUUUUUAAGUUUUAUUUUAGAGAAAGAGGAAGAGGGAGAGAGAGAAGGAAACCGAUUUGUUGUUUCACUUAUACAUUCAUUGGUUGAUUCUUGUAUGUGGCCUGACUGGGAUCAAAACCACAACCUUGGUUAUCAGGAUGACGCUGUAACCAACUAAACUACCUGGCCAGACUUAAGAUAACCUUGAUAUUAUUUGACAGUUUACAAAACAUUUUGUGGGGAGAUAUUUGAGAAUUUGAUAUUUUGAUACUAGAUUAUUUACCAGAUUUUAGUUUGGGGGUUAACUGAAAUUAGUAAAAACUAUGAGAUCAGUGACCAAUUGCUUUAUGAAAUUUUGUAACUAAAAAAGAAAAUGAAUAUGGGAAAUCAGAAAGCAAUACUCUGUUUUUUUUAUUUUUUAUUUUUGCAAUACUCUAUUUUAAAGCUACUUUGUAAGAACUGAACUUUCUCUUAAGCAGUCUGUAGUCUUUAAAGUUUGUCUCUACCUGGAAGUGAGCAGAGCUGCAUUCUUUACCACAAAAAUAAGAAUUUAAGUUAUAAAGUGUGACUAAUGAAGCAUAUGAAAUUAAAGAAUAUCUGUAUACAAAUGCUACAAAUUAACUCUUUACCCAAAUGGCAGCAUCCUUACCAAGUAGCUUUAUUGUCAAAUAGGAAUUUCUAAAUACAUUAUGUCAGAUAAUUUUCUAUUUUCUCUAAGUGUAAAGCUCUAUAUAAAACCUUUGUUAUAGAACUUACUUGUCAAAAAUGUAGAGUGAACCCUGUCUCUAUUUUCUUGACCAGUGAGCCAGUUGUCAUAGUGGUCUCUGUGCUCAGAUUGAGAGUCUCCUGCCUCAGUAAGUUUGUUUGGUUUGCUGUGUGGAGGUACCUGCCAUGGACAUUCUGUUUUCUGAUCAUCUUCCGGUCUUCUGCUUCUCAGCUAAUAGUUUGCAUCCAAUCAAACAGGUGUUAUUUUGAUGAUUUAAAAAUGUGGCCAGAACCGGUUUGGCUCAGUGGAUAGAGUGUCGGCCUGCGGACUGAAAGGUCCCAGGUUCGAUUCCGGUCAAGGGCAUGUACCUGGGUUGCGGGCACAUCCCCAGUAGGAGAUGUGCAGGAGGCAGCUGAUCGAUGUUUCUCUCUCAUCGAUGUUUCUAACUCUCUAUCUCCCUUCCUCUCUGUAAAAAAUCAAUAAAAUAUAUUUUAAAAAAAAUGUGGUUUAGCUGUUGCAGAUUUUUAGCAGGUGAACAUCAGGUGGAUCUGGGCUGAGCAUGCUCCAGGCUUAGUGAAAUCCACUGUUAGACAAAUUCUGAAGAAGGCAGAGAAGAUAAAGACAUCAUGUAAUAAACUUGUAAUUAUAUAAUAUAUGCUGGUCAGACAGAGGAUAUACUUAGAAAGCAUCUCCAAAGGGAUUAUGUGUGAUGACCGAAUGGCACUGGUUUGCUUACUGCCCCCAUUUGUAAGAAAAUAUCUCCAAUACUGAAUAAGAUAAUACUGCUUUAAAAUUUUAUGUUAUAACUAAUAUUUUAAGAAACUUGAUUAUAUUUAAUGGAGUACAUUUUUUUUUGUUAAAUAUGGAAGUUAAUCUUUUACCUGAAAAGGGAAUAAAUUUAUCAAAAUGAUUAAUUUCAGACUUUAAAAAAUAUGUAGGAGAGUCAACUAAGAAAAAACUAAAUAAGUGUUCAAGAAAUUUAAGAAUUGAUUUAAUUUAUUACAUGUUAAAUAUUUCAGUGUUUGUUUUUGCUAAUCUUCACUGAGGACAUUCUUUCCAUUGAUUUCUAGAGUGGAAGCAAAGGGGAGAGACAGUGAGAAACAUUGAUGUGAGAGAGGUUACUCUCCACAUAGAAUGGUUGCCUCUCGACCAGGGCCAGGGAUCGAACUUGACUGGGCAUCAAAACUGCAACCCUUUGGUCCAAGGGCUGUUGCUCUAUGCACUGAGCAGCAUCGGCCAGGGCUCUUUCAUUAUAAAAAAUUCUUUUCUUUUGUUCAUUGAUUUUUAGAGAGAGAGAUGUUGAUGUGAGAGAAACAUUGAUUGGUUGCCUCCCGUACGUACCCCAACAGGGGAUCGAACUCAAAACCUAUGUAUGUGCCCUGACUGGAAAUCAAACCCACCACCUUUUGUUGUACAGGAUGACACUACAACCAACAGCCACCUGACCAGGGCUCAGUUUUUUUUUAUUUUGAGAUUUCCUGGGGAAAAAGAGACUACAGUAUUGACUGCUGAAUUGGGAAUUUAAAGCAAAAAAUGAGAACAAUUAGAUUUUAAAAACUGCAUUGGGAAUAUAAAAUUUCAUCUUUUUCUCAGGUAUAUAAAAAUAUUAAAUAAAAUUUAAUAAGACAUUAAAAUUUUUGAAUAUGAAAAAAAUUUAACCUAAUUCCAAAAGUUAUUUGAGAUCAAGGGAUAAAGUGUGAUGUAUAUGUGAUGGCAAAACUCAACUAUAUUUUCUCUAUUAUCAAUAAGAACUCUACUUUUAAUUUUUUUCUGUGAUAAUUUAUUUCAGCUUCAUGGAGCUUUUUAACCAAAUUGAGGAACUCUAUCUUGGGUUUGUUUGAGUUAAUUGUCUUCUCUUUUUAUGAUAUUUCUUGUUGAAAUUUCUAUAUGUGGGUGUUUUGGUAUUUUGUAUUUAAUGUUUAUGAUACUGUCUUGUUAAAUUACAUAUAGGUAUACCUAAAUGUGCCUGAAGAUGAAUCAGGACAAGAUUCCUUUCUCCCACCUGUAUUUUGAAUACAUACAAUUACUCAUAAAUUUGGAUUUUUGUUUAA